GGCGGGGCGACGCCGCGCAGCAGCAGCUUCAUCCCGCUGACCGACACCGACCUCCUGCUCGUCUCCAGGCCGCGGCAUGGACGCCGGAGCCCGGCCUGAUUCCUCCAAAACACCGCGGGUCCGGUUCGAGCUGUGCUGCGUGCUGAACGACAGGAUACUAACCGUGAUUACGCUGAUGAAGAUGAAGAUGAUGAUGAUGGCGGUGUUGAGUUAGAGCUGCGGAGCGGAAACAAACCGCAGACUGAAUCUGUACGCGCAGCGGAGCAUCGCGCUCCGAUGCAGCAGAAAAAUCGCCAUUGUUUGGAUGCGCAGCAGACCGAGAGGGGAAACCCGGACUGUACCCAGACUGUUUGACUUAAAGACACCAUGCUUCCAGCGCUGAUCGCCACCGCGUGUCUGCUCUGCUUCACCCAGAGUGUGACGGCGUUCCAGGCGUCGGUGAACGAGGACGAUCUGAUCGUGGUGACCCUGGAGCGCUCCGACCUGCAGGAGAAUGUGACGGUGUACGCGGCUCAGAUCUCUGGUGAACCUCGACCCGUUCUGAUCCAGUUCGUGAAUGCCAGCGAGGCGGUCGUGUUCAACGCCUCGCUUCACGGUCUGUGCUACACGGUGGGCCUGCUGGUUAAACGGGGUCAGGCCUGGUCCACACCCGUCAAGACCCUCUCAGUGCUCACCAAACCCCUCCCUGUCCGUAGCGCUCACAUCGCGGACUUUAAAGAUUCUCCAGAGACCGGCGUAGUGUUUCAGAUUGACCCUCCGCCCGGGAACGUUUUCAGCAGAGUGAACAUCAGCUUCACCGAAGGACACGAGCGACGAUACAUGCUCUAUAAAGACUUCUACAGGGGGAAGACGGUGUUCAAACACUGGUUACCCGGUGUUUGUUACAGAAACGUCACCUUCCAGCUGAUCUCUGAGGUCACCGUGUACCAGACCGCCCUGAUCACACACAGUGACAUCACACACACACCUGUGCACCACAGGACAGUGCCAUACCCCCCCCUCAACAUUUCCCGUAAGAUUGUCCACCUGAGCCAGAGGGCGGGGCCAAGUGCGGCAUCCAGCGUAGUCCCUCCCGAGGGCGGAGAGGAGAGCCGGCGAGCGUCCCGUAUAGCCCGCGAUGUGCCCCUGCUGGAGGAGCAGCAGGAGGUGGAGAACACGUCUGAGGAGGUGGCGACCGCGACCACUCCGGUGCCAUUUAACGCCACACACAACCUGACAGGAAGUGACCCGACCACGGAGGCAGAGACGCAGAGCUACUGGCCUGACCCUUCCGAACUGUCUCCCGCCGACAGAGACGACGAGUUUGUGAACGCCGUCGUGCCCGAAUAUGAGGACUCCAACGAGCCCGGGUCUGCCAUGGGCCUCGCCCCAGAGACCGCCGUCCUGCCCACUAAAUUGCCCCCCAUCCUGCUGGAACUCCGCUGGCUGCCCCCCCGCGCCCCCACCAGCUACGACGGCUUCAACAUCUACAUCUUCAGAGACGGUAACUCCACAGAGACCGCCACCGUGGACGAAAACACUCACGAGUUCUUCACUGAGUUGACGGAGCCGGGAACGUACCGAGUCCAAGUCACCACGCUCAGCUUGUCCGGCGAGUGUGAGGCGAGAGAGAGCACGGCCGACACGGGCUUCACCUUCUACCUCAGUCCGGGUGGCGAGCUGUUGGAGGAGCUGCGAGAGCGUCCUCAGGCGGUCAGCGUCAGACUGCUCGACUCCAGCACCGCCGGCGUCUCCUGGGCUCAGUCCUCGGAGAACCACAACGGCAGCGUGGUGUCGGUCGUUUCUACCACCUGUCUGAGACCGAGUCUGAGCCAGAGGAUGGAGAACACCUACUGUGGCGAGGAAAACUCGACAAGUGACAUCAUCACUAACCUGACCCCCGGGGCUCAGUACAGGGUGGUCGUCUAUCACACCAACGGGCCGCUGAUCAGUCCUCCGUCAGAGCCCGUCAUCAUCGACAUCGAGCCCACUGGUGUGCGUGAGCUCGCCGUGUAUCCUCUCAGCCCGACGGCGGUCAUCCUCACCUGGCAGCGUCCGUAUCACGUGGCGUUCAGGAAGUACGUCCUGCAAACGUACUUCUUCAACCCCGUCACCCUCACCUCAGAGUGGACCACCUACUACGAGAUCGCCGCCACCGCCUCCGUCAUUGCCUCUGUGAGGGUGACCGACCUGCUGCCCGCCUGGUACUAUAAUUUCCAUGUUUCCAUGGUAACGUGGGGCGACCCGCCGCUCACUUGCUGCGACAGCUCCACGGUCAGCUUCAUCACAGCUCCCGAAGCGCCUCACAUCUCCUCUGUGGAUUACUCGCACGGCGUCCUCUACGUUCGCUGGGCGUACAGCGAGCUCUUCAUCGACCUCUCUCACUCCAGGAUGCUGCACUGGCAGGUGGUCGCCGUGGGAAAGAAAGGACCCGAGAGGAGCUACUCUGUCGACGUGACUCGUAAUGUGAUGCGUGCGAGUCUCCCGCUGCCUCCAGGUGACAUCUACAACCUGACGGUGACGGCGUGCACCGAGCGCAGCAGGAACACCUCCAUGCCCAACAUCAUCAAACUGGAGCCGGCUCCUCCUCGCUCUCUAUUUGCUGUGAACGCCACACACUCGUCGGUGACUCUGCUGUGGACCGAGGAGGGCGUGGUGGAUUACUACCAGGUCAUCUGCAGACCCAACAAACCCAGCAAGGAGCUUAAGGCCCGGGAGCCCCAGACAUCCACUUCUCACGUGCUGACGGUAUCGGGUUUGAUUCCCUCGUCCGCGUACAACUGCACCGUCACCAGCUUCAGCUACAGCACACCCAGCAAACCUGCACACAUCACCAUCAGAACCGUCGCUAAAGAGAUGAACCCGAGCGUCGCAGCCAUCUCGGCUUUGGCCAUCCUCAGCAUCCUCCUCAUCAGCCUGCUCGUCCUGUUUCUGCUUGUCCUUCGCAAGAAACACCUGCAGAUGACCAGAGAGUGUGGCGCGGAGACUUUUGUGAAUUUCGCCUCAUUUGAGAGAGACGGGAAGCUUCCUUAUAACUGGCGAAGAAGCCUCUUUGCCUUCCUUACCCUACUGCCAUCCUGCCUUUGGACUGACUAUCUUUUGGCUUUUUAUAUUAAUCCUUGGAGCAAGACAGCUUUAAAGAAACGGAAGCUUACAAGCCCCGUGCAGCUGGACGAUUUCGAUGCGUACUUUAAAGAAAUGAGCAAAGACUCGGCCUACAAGUUCUCCCUACAGUUUGAGGAGCUGAAGAGCGUUGGCCUGGAUCUUUCCCAUGAUGCAGCAGACCUGCCUAUCAACAGGCCCAAAAACAGAUACACCAACAUCCUGCCCUACGACUUCAGUAGGGUGAAGUUGAUCUCGAUGCACAACGACGAAGGUUUAGACUACAUCAACGCCAACUACAUACCUGGUUACAAACACACUAAAGAGUACAUUGCCACUCAGGGUCCACUGCCAGAAACUCGAAACGAUUUCUGGAAGAUGGUUCUGCAGCAGAAAUCUCCGAUCAUCGUCAUGCUCACACAGUGCAACGAACGACGCCGGGUGAAGUGCGAUCACUACUGGCCGUUCACAGACGAACCGGUGAUGUACGGAGAGAUCAGCGCCGAGAUGCUCUCAGAGACGGAAUCUCCAGAGUGGAUCAUCAGGAAGAUCAGACUGGGAUAUGCCGAUGAGUCUCAGGACAUCCUCCAUCUAAACUACACCUCGUGGCCCGAUCACGGCGUCCCAACGGUCAACGCCAUCGAGAGCAUCCUGCAGUUCGUCCACAUCGUCCGUCAGCAGGCCAACCGGACCAAAGACCCCAUCAUCGUCCACUGCAGCGCUGGAGUCGGCAGGACGGGGACCUUCAUCGCUCUGGAUCGUCUGAUGCAGCACAUCAGAGAGCACGAGUUCGCCGACAUCCUGGGCAUGGUGUCCGAGAUGAGAUCCCACCGUCUGUCCAUGGUCCAGACCGAGGAGCAGUACGUGUUCAUCCAUCAGUGCGUCCUGCUCAUGUGGCAGAAGAAGAAGCAGCAGUCCAUCACCUCUGAUGUCAUCUACGAGAACGCCAGCAAGACAUAAUGACGGCGGCUCGUUCACACGCUGCGAACACACCGGCCUCCUGUGCUUCAGGCAUCCAUUCUCUGCAGAAGAAGAUCCGCUUCAUCAUCAGUAUCAAAAUAAAAACAACAGCCUAACAUCUCGACGACAAGAGGAAAAAAAAAUCCAGUAUUAUGUUUGAAUUAAAGCAUGGGACGGGGAUCUGCCUUAAAGAGCCGAACUGACGAACAAACACACCCUGAACCCUCUGAACCGGACUGAUUCAACGUGUGUGUGUGGGGGGGGGGGAGUCAGGGGAGCGUUAACGAGCUCCGUCCUGUGAUUGGAUGUCUACACUGUGUCCGUCCCUGUUCAGAUGACGUGAGGAGGCGAGUCGGUGGAGCAGAGUCAGCAGUUUUAUUUACAUUGUUUUUGUUUUAAUCUCAGGAGUAGCUGAAAAACCAGCGAGAACGCUGGCCUCUUCCUCCACUCCGACCGUCAUUCAGCAUCCGUUAGCUCUAGGUUUUAGUGUAGCUAGAAUGAAUCACCUCUCAGCAGUGAGCAGCUGUCCUGGUGAUGAAACGACCGAAUUGUAGGCGGUAAAUUUCAACGUUACACUGCCAAACAUUCAAAACACCGACUGCUAACAUGCUAGCCAACUGCCAGGACUGCUGCAUGGAUCACAUUCACUGAAGAACCCAGCAAGCAUUCAACAAAGGACAAAGUUCUGGAAAUAUUAGCACAAAAUUUUAAAUUUUAUAUUAAAGCUGAUUUUAAUCAAACACUAAAAGCAUUUAGAUGCUUUUCUGAAUGUAAUGUUUUUUUCCCGUUAAAAGAUGCAAACACGGUCAAACCUUGGAAAACAUAAAUAUAGAUGGUUGUGCCACUUUGCUUAACAAUUGGUAAAUAUUUGCUGCAGAUUCCAGAUUCUCAAAGUUUUUCUGAUUUCACCAAAUGCUGCUCGACUGGAUACAGACCUUUUUAUUUCGUACGACGAAUCAACCGUAAACGUAAGAAUGUUUGUCGGGUGUGCACAAGAACUGAACGGCACAAAGACAGCUGAAGGAUCCGAUGCCUUUCUGCAGGAACACGAGUGCCUCCUGCUAUCGUGGGACGUGUUAGAGGCCAGUUUAGACUAUAGAGACUGAAGUAGAGAUGUAGUUUGUAUUUGCACUGAGGAGUUGCCCGACCUGCUGACACACAAAGGAACAACUUUCUGCAGCCUCGCUCCGUGUUUGCCUGUCCUGUGAAACGCUGGCUCUUCCUCACGAAGGAUCUCCAUCUGAAGACAUAGAUUGACUUUAUAGUAGCAGAGUGUUGUGAGCAUCGGCUGCAACAAUCCUGAGCAGGGACAGAAAGCAGAGAAAUGGAUAGUUUAUCAGAGAGAAAAAAAGACAGAAAAAAACAACAAGAAAUAAUAAUAACAACUGAUUAAGAUGUAUGUCUUUAAAUUUGGGAAUGUCAGAAACACUGAGAACCUUCACAGACAGAAACAUAUCAGCUCAGCAUAUCGCCAGUCAGCCCGGGCCUCACACGGGGCACCAUUUACAUCAGUAUUCUAAAUUCUAACUAUAUUCAAAGUAAAACUUAGUAUGUUUACAUGCCUAUUUAAAGGAGCAAUGUGCAAAAAUUACCUUACUAUAUGAUCAUACAUUAAGGAAAUGUUGAAGUGCUGGACUAGUUCCGUUAUAGCUGAUUCUACCCGACUUAAAAAGCCUAUGCAGUUUUAUAAUAAGCUCCACUAACAAUUAUUUUUUUUAAUUUGGACUGCAGUACACAUUUUAAAUGCUAAAUGUCAGUUACAUAUUGCUCCUUUAAGUCUUUCUAUGGUAACGAGAGAAAAUCCACCCCCGACCGCAUAAUCUUGUGUGUGUUAGUUCGACUUUGAGAAAGCUGACUUGGUACUAUUUCAGUCAGACUAACAUAUUUACAUGGAUUUUCAAAGUCCAGUUUUAGUCGGACUGAUACAAUAGAUCUACUAUUUCUAACUGCAUGUGAACGUACUGAGUGUUAAUUAAAUUUUUGUUUAAAUAUACAACAUAAAUCUGGUUAUUCAUAGAAGUAUAAAUAUCCAACAACAAAACUAUUUUACUGCUCUUGUUAGAGUCCCUGAACGCUGUUAUUCAAAUGUUUAGUAAAGCACCAUUUUUUUAUUCAUGUAUGACAUAAGAAAGAUAUGGGGAUCAGACUUUUUCUCUCCGCAAUAUCAAAAUCGGUAACAGCCUCUAAAAUCCCCUAUCGGUCAGGCCCUAAUAAAAACCUCAAAAUCCAAUAAGGACAUCUUAAAAUGUGGGCACUGUAACAAAGUCUGCAGGCGUUAAUGUAAGAAACGUAAAAAUUAAUCCUGACUGCAUCUCUGUCCCUGAAACAAGACUUCUGUACAGGACGUUGUUAAAGCCAUUCUCUGAAGCAGCGGUGUCAGCUCAACUUACUGACAUUAGUUUUGUUUAUUUUCAUCUUUCUACUGAUCGUUUUACUUAAAGGGCAAAAAAGAAAACUCAGCAUCUCUCACUUCAUUCAUGACUGUAGAGAAUGUGAUCUGAACAGGUGAGAGGCGGCGACCUCAUUCAAAGUUUUACUUCUUAAUUCAGGAUUUACAAGGUGUGGUCAAAGUAAGAGCCAAGACUUAAACUGUAUUUCUUUCUCAUACAAGGUCCAAAUUAAAUAUAAAAGCUUAAUAUAAUACAAACACUUGUACGACAUUUUGAAGUAUUUAAAAAAGUGAAACAUCAAAUUAGAAUUUAAGUCACGGCCUAUCAACAAAAGGAAAUUGUUUUGUUUUCAACCUUCUUACAUUUAAGUUAAAAAUCAAUUAGUCUUUUGUCUUGGAUCAUCGACCUAAGAAUCCAAAAAUUGGGAUUUCUCAAAUUGUAUAGCAACUAUUAAACUGCUGAAAAAUUCUGAAAGAGUGGCGGCCAUUUUGGUCACUUCUGCGAACUAAUAUAUAAGAAAGAAGAAACUUAGGGCCACUGACUGCAGAGGCUGCUGUGUUAGGAGUCCAUCAGUGUUUACUAUUUAAUUCAUACACAUUCAUACUCUGCCGACGAAGAAGCAGCGGGAUCAACUUGCGGUUAAAUGUCAUCCCUAAGGACACAUCGACAUGUAGCUGCAGGAGCUGGGCAUUGACGACGUUACCACUGACGGCCACCCUUAAUUGAUGAUAGCAACUAUUGCACAUAUUUGAGGGUCUUUAGUCUUUAUUCUAAAACAGUAAAAAAGGUAAAACCUCUUUAAGUAUUAAAUGUAUUUAAGCUUCUUUCGACAAAUGUUUGAUUUAUUUUGAUCACACCUUGAGCUUAAUAGAAAAAAAAUAAAUGAAUGUGUUAAAAAGGCCGUUGGACACUUCAGUGUUAAUUUACAGAAAAUGAUUCGUCAUUGUGGCCUUGUGGUUCGAUCACCUGAAGUCUUUACCCGUUUGUUAGUUUGGUCGCCUCUCCAUUUGAAUUAAGUUCCAUUUCACGUAGAAAUCAAAUGUACUGUACAUACUACUACUGCUUAACUAUUCUGUUUCUACUCGUCAUUACAAAGUAAUUCUUGUGGGAAUGUCGCUUUAGGUUUGUUUUUUUAAAACGUGUUGUAUAUGUGAAUCAUCGUUACCUGAGCCAGAAGCUCUCUCAUCACUACGACGACGGUUCAGUUUCUGGACGUUUGGAGACUCGGCUGUUUGGAGAAAGAAUCGAGGACUCGGAGAACUCGUCUGUUGGCCCGAGAGACGCACUUUGGUACGACUGUGGAAAAGAUUUACAAAAAUGAAAAAUGGACAGAAAACCUGCAGACUAUGUGUGAACGCUCAGCACCGUACCUUCUUCUACAAUUCUUUUCUCUUGCUUCGUGUGUGUCCAGUCAAACUUGUUCGUCAUUGGUGCCAUUUUGUGCAUUGUGUCACUUAAAUUUGAGGGAAGAUCUCGAACUCAGAUCAUCGUCACAGAGUUUUAAUGUGUGUGUGAGUAUGUAUGUGUGUGUGUGUGUGUGUGUGUGAGUGUGUUGGAACGAAUUAAAAUGUUGCAAUUACA